AUGCUGCUCUACCUCACCCAAGCCGCCGCCUGGAUCACCGCGCCGCCGCCGCUGGACUCCGUUCAUUCCGAGCGGCUCGGCCGGGCUCCUCCUCCGCGGCUGGCGGCAGAGGAGGCAGUAAGAUUGACGGGCGACGAAGCAGCAGACCGGAUGAUACUGCAGCGGCUCGCUGCGACCGGGUCGGCCGGGCGGGCCAAGCUGCGACGCGACGAGCUUCCCGUGGCGGCAGGCCGCUCCCUCGCCGACCUCGCCCUCGGCAAGACCGUCGAGUGGAAGCGCGCGGUCAACAAGGCGCGCAGCGACGCGGUGACGGCGGUGCGCGUGAGGCACAUCGUCGUGGACUCGCGCGAGAUGGCGGAGACGCUGAGCGAGCAGCUGCGCGGCGGCGGCGCGCGGUUCGACGAACUCGCCCGCCUCUCGACCUGCGCGGUGACGCGAGACAAGGGUGGCGAGGUUGGCUGGAGCGGGAUCGAGGACGAGCACCUCGACGAGUACUUUCCGAGAAACUUGCGCGAGGCGGCGAUGGCGACCAAGCCGGGCGACGCCUUCCUCGGCGAGACGCCGCUCGGCUGGCACGUCGUCCAGAUGAACACGGCGGACGCGGAGCGGAUGGAGGGGCAGCUGCGCUCGCUCGGCUUUGCGCGGGCGGAGGAGGGCACGCCGGCGCAGGUGGUUGUGCUCAACACGUGCUCCAUCCGCGAGCACGCCGAGGCAAAGGUCUACUCGUACCUCGGCCCGCACGCG